GGUGGCAGAGGCCAAGCACAAGCACCAAACCCCACACCCGCACCCAAGAAAGCAAGCAGAGCAUUCUCCACUUUCCCCUCCCUCGCCAUGGCAGCCAAGGCCCCCGCCCUCGCGGCGGCGCUCCUCCUCCUCGCCGCCGCCGCCCUCCUGCUCGCCCGCGGCGCCGAGGCCGGGGCCGCGGAGGUGCCGCUGAGCUGGGAGCUGGGCGUGGAGGACGUCGCCGACGACGGGUUCGGCUUCGCGGGCGCCGGCGGCGACGAGGCGGUGGCGGCGCGGCGCGUGCUGCAGAGCGGCAACGGGUACAUCAGCUACGGCGCGCUGCGGAGGGACAACGUGCCCUGCUCCGUGCGCGGCUCCUCCUACUACAACUGCCGCCCCGGCGGCCAGGCCAACCCCUACUCCCGCGGCUGCUCCGCCAUCACGCGCUGCCGCGGCUGAUUGGGCCACCCGCCGCUCCGCCCCCGCCCCCGCCCCGGUUGGUUGGUUGAGAUGCUGCUCCGUGCUCUCCUUCGCCGCAGAUGCAGAGUACAUUUCUUUCAUGCUGCUGUUUUACUAGUACUCAAUUCCAAGAGGUCGUGUCCGUUGAUGUAAAUCGAAAUCCAAGCCGUAUUGUAUAAACUGAUGGAUUGGUGGAUGAUUGGUUGAUUUCUUUCC